GAGAGAGAGAGAGAGAGAGAGAGAGAGAGAGAGAGAGAGAGAGAGAGUCCCCAGAUUAAACAUUAGCUUCGCCGUUGGACACUCCGGGAGUUACGAUGGUCCAGUCGAGGGAUAUUUUUUUAUUCUUUCUUCUUGCGGGCUGCACAGCUUCGCUGGAAUUGCAGAUCACCCCGAGUCACGGUGAGAUUAGUGUUGGAGAGUCGAAAUUCUUCAUGUGCGAGGCUGAUGGCGCGGUGAAGCACAUAGACUGGUUUGGACCCAGUGGGGACCGGAUAGAGCCAAACAGACCUGACAUAACGGUAACACGGAACGAUGAGUCGUCCUCCACCCUCACGCUCUACAAAGCUGGGACCGGCAACGCAGGCAUGUACAAGUGUGUCGCGACCAACGGAGACCAGCAGGCUGAGUCCACAGUCAGAGUGAAGAUCUUCCAAAAAAUCACCUUCACUAAUGUGCCUUCACCCCAAGAGUUUACUGAAGGAGACAACGCAAACAUUAUCUGUGAUGUCAUCAGUUCACCUCCACCUACCGUCCUUUGGAAAUACAAAGGGGCAAGAAUACAGAUGGAAAAAGAUGUUCGGUUUAAGGUCCUUAGCAACAGUCACCUUCAGAUCCGCAGCAUAAAGAAGAGCGAUGAGGGCUCGUAUAUCUGCGAGGCUCGCCUCAUGGCCCGUGGCGAGAUUGAUCUUCGGGUCAUCAAGGUUGUCGUGAAUGUCCUACCUACCAUCAGAGUGUGGCAGACGGAGGUCAACGCCACAGCAGGUGUGGGUCAGUCUGCAGUGCUGACCUGUGCUGUUGAUGGUUACCCUGAACCCAUGGUGACCUGGACAAGGAAUGAAGUGGUCCUCGAGGUGGGAGACAAGUACAGCUUUAAUGAAGACGGCUCAGAAAUGAGUGUAAUGGAUGUUGACAAGCUGGACGAGGGCGAGUACACCUGCAUCGCCAAGAACAAGGCUGGCAAAGCUGAGCAGGAGCUCAGCCUGAGAGUGUUCGUGAAGCCCAAGAUCACAUUCCUGGCAAACCAAACCACCUCAGAGAUGGAGGAGCAGGUAACUUUGACCUGCGAGGCUUCAGGAGAUCCAACUCCCACUAUCACCUGGAGCUACAGCGGCCACAUCUUCAGUGAGGGAGAACAGGCACAUCUAAACAGGAUCUAUCAGGCAUCGUGGACUCGGCCCGUGCAACACAAGAGUCUGGGAGUUGUAGUGGUGAGGAGCGACGCUCGCGUGUCCUCUCUCACGCUGAAGUACGUCAAAUACACAGAUGCUGGCGAGUAUCUGUGCACAGCACGCAGUGCCAUCGGAGAGGAUGAGAAGCCGGCGUAUCUAGACAUCCAGUAUGCACCAAAGAUCCAAGGUGUGGUGGCGCUGUACACCUGGGAGGGAAAUCCCGUCAACAUCAGCUGUGAGGUUCAGGCCCACCCUAACGACGUGUCGAUAGUGUGGCUGAGAGACGGACUGCAGCUGCCCAGCCCCAAUACAACCAACAUGAAGAUCUUCAGAAACCCGUCAGCCAGCUACCUGCAGAUAACCCCCGAGUCUGAAAAUGACUUUGGGAGCUACAACUGCACGGCUUCCAAUAAAAUGGGAACCGAGUCCAAAGAGUUCCUGCUCAUUCUGGCCGAGGUACCAUCAGCUCCAUUCAUAAAUGAGGUACAGCCCUUCUCAACCACAGCACUGAUCCAGUUCGAGGAACCGGAAUCCACUGGUGGUGUUCCGGUCCUUAAGUACAGAGCUGAGUGGAGGACACAAGGAGGGGGGAACUGGGUUCAAAGGCUCUAUGAAGCCCAAGAUGGCUCUGUCGCCGAGGUGACCAUCACGGGCCUGAAGCCAGAAACGCGCUACGAAGUGAAGCUGUCGGCCAUCAAUGGCAAAGGCGAGGGUGACAGUAGUGCCGCCGAGGUCUUCGAGAUGCAGCCUGUCCUCGCCGCAGAAGGGAAUCCCAAUCCUCCCAAACUCGAAGGGACUCUUCAGACCAAAGGCAACUCCCUCAGAGUCAAAUGGACCAAGCAGGAUGACGGUGGCUCGCCCAUCCUUCUUUACCUUGUCCGCUAUAAACCAAAACACGCCUCAGAGUGGAAACCAGAACUCCGGCUGCCCAGCAGCAGUGAGCAAGUAGUCCUUGGCGGGUUGGAGUGGGACACAGAAUACAAUGUCACCGUGGUGGCAGAGAAUCAGAAGGGCAAGUCAGAACCGGCGACUGUGUCAUUCAGGACGCCAACGGAACCAGCUGCCGUCCCAGCGGAUCUGGACGAGGACGCCGCCCUCUCUAAGGGCAUCUUACUGUGGGCGGGGAUCCUCGUCUUUGCCUUUGUGCUGCUGCUGUUGGCUGUGGACGUCACUUGCUACUUUGUCAACAAAUGCGGCCUGAUCAUGUGCCUCUGCGGCAAAUCAGCCUCCGGAACCAAAGGACACGGCCUGGAAGAGGGCAAAGCCGCCUUCAUAAAGGAUGAAUCAAAAGAGCCAAUAGUGGAAGUCAGAACAGAGGACGAGUGCACAGCCAAUCACAAUGCAGCAGGACCAACGGAGCCCUGUGAAACCACGCCCCUCACCGAGCCAGAGCUGGCGGCUUUCACCGCUGCUCUGGCACUGGACACGCUCUCCUCCGUAGCCACCAGCUCUGACACAGCCACUGCGGCCAUUGACCCCGCUCAGGACAGCCCCUCUAGCGACACCACCACCCUCACUGGUAGCAUGUCCGCCCCGGCCAACGAUCCCUCACCCACUCCUGUCCCCGCCCCAGCCCCGACGCCAGAAUCCACCACAGCGCCGCCAAACCCCCUCAUCUCCACUUUGGCCGUCACUGCCAAAAUGGCCCCUUUAGUCGAGCAGCAAAUGAGCAGUGACCCAGAGGAGCAGGAGAAAUCUGUCCCCGCUGAACCUGAACGGACUCAAAAAUCUGCCACUCCAAUACCACCAAAGCGUAGGCACUCCCCCAAACUAGCUGCCCUCAACGCUAAAACUAGCCCCCCUUUAUCACCACUCGCUGUGUCGUCCUCAUCCAUCCCUCCUGAAGUAGACCAAAAGAAACCUGCUCCUCACGCACCUGUCACCCCCCUCCCCCUGCAGCCACAAACCGCCACCAAUACUCCAGGUCAUGAUUCAGGUCCCGCUCCCCCAAAUCCUGGGUGUAGUGACACACACGAGCCCACUGAGGAGGCUGUCGAUAGCAACUUAUCCACAGCCAAAGACGAGGUCACGACAGCAAAACCACCUUCAGUCUCCCACAGCACUCCCAAAGUCCAGGAUCCUGAAGAACCUGCUCCUCUGGUUGCAGAUGUUUCUUCUCCUGAACCCGUUGCCCCAAGUCUUCACCCUGCACCCCCUGCCCCAGUCGCAAAUGAUCUUCUCAUAUCGCCGUCAGACACGUAUGACUUGCUAACACCUGACGGCACGAUGACCAGAGCUGGUGAGUUAGAGCUGACCAAUGGGACCAAAAGCCCCGCCCUGCCCCCAGCAGACCUGAUUAGCUUAGACAGCCCGCCCCCUGCCACCGCCCUGUCCAAUGGAGAUGGAACAGCCCUUCCCCCCUCGGGCUCAGUUCUGGAAGCAUCAGAGACUCUGGCCAAGACUGCGCCUCCUGACAACGAUGAGAAUAUUUUUCGUGAUGAGAAAAGCAAACUGGAUGAGGCCGCGUUCUCAAACGCCCUGAUGGACAUCACAGCAGAACACAACAGCAUCAUACAGACAAACCACAGCCAGAGCAAAGCAUGAUGGGACAGUGAAAAAAACCCCAAAACAUCCCAAAUAUUGUUCAGCACAAACACUGCAAGAGGUUUUGUGCCUGAAACAACACGAGCAACACUACCAAUAAGUUUACUGCACCCGAGGAGUUCUAGUUUACCUUUAGCUCAUCAGAGAUUAAGUUUAUUUUUUUAAUCCUUAUUUUAUUUAACCACUCAGAUUUACAUUUGACGAUACUUUAUAAGUUGAUUGCAAUUCCACACAAACGUGAUUAUUGUGGGGAAAUGUAAAAAAAAAA